AAAGGUGCGCGACCGCAAUGCAGCCUUUGCCGGCGGAGGUUCGAUCGAUUAAGAUUCAAACAGUAGUGGCAAGACAAUCUCGCGCAGCGGUCGACUCGCGCAGGCGCGACGCGUUCCACUCUCAUGUCCAACAUGAAUGCAAGAACUAUUUUUUUAAUAUUGUUAUUUACUAUAUGUAAACAUGCUGAUGCCCAGAAACCGGCUAUCCCGGCGCCGGCGCCGGUGGAAUGCCCAUCGCUGGAAAACGGCGACAGUUACACACAGUCAGAGUUCCUGUCGCGGCUAGCGCACGAGUGCCGCUACGACCGCCUUCUGCUGCCAACAUACCAGACGCCUACCGACGUGGUGUACGUGCACGCCAGCGCAUACGUCUACUUCAUCCAGCCCGCGGAGGCGCAUGAUUUGAACUUCAAGUUGCAUUUCCUCCUGCAACUAAGAUGGACCGAUGCUCGGCUUGCCUACGCUCUUUACUCCCCUGAGCGCACCAGAAUCAUCGGUGAAAACGACCUACGCCAGCGUGUAUGGGUUCCCCACCUGUACAUGUCCAACGAGCAGUCCUCCAGCCUCAUGGGGACGGACAGCAAGGAUGUGCUGAUCUCCAUAGCACCUGACGGGGAGGUGUUGUUCAGCAGACGCAUGCAAGCCGUACUCUAUUGCUGGAUGAACCUGCAAAAGUUCCCGUUUGACGACCAAACUUGUUCGAUGAAUCUCGAAAGCUGGAAAUACAACGCAUCUAGUUUGCGCAUCAUGUGGGAAAGAGACAACCCCGUGCACCUCUCAUCUGAACUGCAUCUCACGGAGUACUCGCUCAUUGACUACUGGACCAAUGAAUCAGUCGUUCGAGGCGAUAUAGUAAAUAUGCGGCUGGGGGGAGGUAGAUCCGGGAACUACAGUGCCCUUAAGUUCACGUUUAAACUGGGUCGAGAAGUGGGCUACUAUCUGAUGGACUACUUCAUCCCCUCCAUGAUGAUCGUCGCCAUGUCAUGGGUCACCUUUUGGUUGCAGGCUGACGCAUCGGCUCCUAGGAUAACAUUAGGCACCAGCACGAUGCUGUCGUUCAUUACGCUGGCCUCGUCUCAGGCCAAAACGCUGCCAAAGGUGUCCUACAUCAAAGCCAGUGAAAUUUGGUUCCUCGGCUGCAUCGGUUUCAUCUUCUCGGCUCUAGUAGAGUUUGCAUUUGUUAACACUAUUUGGCGAAGAAAGAAAGUAGUUAACCUGAAGAAAGUGAACAGUAAAUACAUUCUGAAGAGCACGCUAACGCCCCGGCUGGCUCGGAAAGAGCUCCAGAAAGAGCUGCAGGAGUCCUCACCGCAGCUCACCAAGUCGCGCUCCUGCUCGUCGCUGCAGCGGGAGACCAGCGCCGACCCCGCGGGCCCUGGGUUCAAUAACUACCUUACUGUACAUAGUUUCCCCUCCGCCCUGAACUUGCCGACGAUCACGACGCAGAGCUACGACGAGCUGACGGGCGGCGCGCCGCCCAGCGACGGCUCCGACGAGCCCAAGCACACCUGGACCACCAUGACCCCGCAGCAGAUCGCCACGUGGAUCGACAAGCGAUCACGUGUCCUCUUCCCCUUGCUCUUCUUGGCCUUCAAUAUUCUUUAUUGGACGUUCGUGUAUUGCCUUUAAAUUAGGAAAUUUUGGAGCUGGAGGUUGUAGGGUAAACUGCCCUGUUAUUGGCACAACCGAUGUUUGCCUUUACUGAUUGAAUACUGGCUUGUGAGUGUCACACGAUGGUGAAAAAUUGUUUUUAAUAGAUAUGAAACGGGUUGCAACUCGAAUAUAGACACGACAAAAUAUCUACCGAGGGCUAUCUUGCGAUAGUUCUAUAUCUAGUCUUGAUAGACGGCAGAAAAAUUAAAAGGACCCCAAAAGAGCUAUUUAUGAAUGCAGGAAUAGCACGGUACCGUUUACAAGGUAAAUAACGUAAAUCGUUAAUCGGUAUUUUCGAGAAGAAUAUUUUGUGUUUUGUGAUAUCCUGAUACGAAUAUGCAUCAUUUAAAUGUAAUCAAGGCGUCAUUAAGCAUAAAUCCAAUAAUCCUAAAAUGUAGACAAGAACAUUUCACCCAAUUCGCAGAGUUUUAUAUAGGUACCAGUCAAAGAGUUUAAUUUCCUACCCAUUUGGUACCUUGUCAUGUACAAUCAAUGUGAAAUUCGCUAGACCUCAUACAUAUGGUCACUGUGAAAAGGUACAAAAUGGGUCGGAAAUUAAAUUCUUUAACUGUUGUACCUACUGGUUCCUAAGUUGUGAAGUCAAUAAAAUAAACAAAGUCGUGAGACAAAAGUCUUACUGUUAUUAGAGUUACAACUUUGUAUUAUCUGCUAUUAUGAUGUUGUUUCACAUACAUAUUAAAAAAAUAAGAUACUACAAUAAAAAAGUAUCGAAGGACUUAAAUGAUAAUGUUAUGGCCAUAUAAUUUAUACCCAAAGAUUUGUUGUUCCUUAUGUUUCACAAAUUUAGAACCCUUGCCCAGUAGAUUAGGUUAAUUAAUUUAAUUAUAUUUAACAACAUACCUAACAGGUACUUGUGGUUGUACUAUAUUGCGGAAACGGUAACAUUUUAAACGUUACUAUUGAAAUAAAAUUGAAUAUAUGUUAUUAUAAUGUCAAAAUGUGUGAAGUUGUUAAAAGUUACCCCGCAAAUAUCUUACGAAACCAUUAUUUUUUAAUAUAUUUAAAAGAAUUAAGUAUUUAAAAAAAUGUAAGAAGUACUAAAGUACAAGGAGAAUCAUAGUUUAUGUAUGGGGUAAGAGAAACACUAGCGCAGAAGGAUUCAAAUUUUUGUCACUGCGUUAACAUUUUAAUUUUAAUCAAACUUUAUGUUUAGAAUUCAUUCCAAUUGUGCCUUUGCUGGGGCAAAUGUACGACAAGUUAAGCAGACGAUAAACCGCAUUUGAACAGAAACGGCCAGUCUAGAUCAUUUUUCAUUUCCCUGUCUGUAUUUGUAACUGUCGGUGUCUAUUUACCUACACGUUUAUAUUUAGAGCGUUUCUUUUUCCCCUGACAUUAAAUAUUUUACUACGGUUAUUUAUUAAUAGUAGGUACACGUUUAUGUUCUAAGUCCGAUUUAUACGUAUUAUGAUUGAGAUUAUUGUUUAACACCCAGUCAAUGACGUAGGCGUAAGUAGUUGGUAAUAUUGUGAUCUUUAGAUAGUCAUUUAUAGCAAUUAUAUUUUGUCAUUUGUAAUAUAGUUGACUUAAGCUAUUUUAAUAAAAGUAAUUAUUAAUAUA